GGGUCGGCGGCUGUGGGCGGGGCCUGUGCAGUCGCCGGCGGACACGGUCGGGGUUGUUUGUGGCGUUUGGUGUCCGUGCCGGAUCGUUGGCCGGGCCUUGCGGGGGAUCUCUGCCGCCCUGCUGAAGAAUUGCAAUGAGAAAUGUCCCAGCGGAAGCGAAGCAAAGGGCUCGGCUGCUCUCAGGUGACCGAUGGGGAGGAUGAUACGCUCCCGACCCAGGUGGAGCGGCGCUCCCAGGAGCAGGUGAACCAGAAGGUGAGUGAGCUGGUUCAAUUCCUGCUUGUGAAGGACCAGAAGAAGGUUCCUAUCAAGAGGGCAGACAUUCUGAAGAAUAUAAUCCGGGAAUACAGGGAUGCCUACUCGGAAAUCGUGAACAGGGCAGGCGAGACCCUGCAGGAGGUGUUCGGGCUGCAGCUGGUGGAGAUCGACACCAAACGCCACAUUUACAUCCUCAGAAAUAACCUGCCCCGCGCUGAGGGCCAGUACCUGUGCAGGGAGAAGGAGAAGGAAAAGAUGGGGCUCCUCUUAGUCAUCCUCAGCUUCAUCUUCAUGAAGGGCAACUCAGUCAAAGACAGUGCUGUGUGGGAAUUCCUGCAUCGGCUCCGUGUGUACCCAGGGAAGCAGCACAGCGUGUUCGGGGACGUUCGCAAGCUGGUGACGGAGGAGUUUGUGCGGCAGAAGUACCUGGAGAUCACCCCCAUCCCCCUGACGGACCCCCCCGAGUUCAAGUACCAGUGGGGCCCACGGGCACAGAAGGAAACCUCCAAAAUGGAUGUGCUGAAAUUUGUGGCGAAGAUACAAGGCAAGGACCCCACGUUCUGGGCAAGCCAGUAUGCUGAAGCCCAGGCUGAGGCCACCCACUGACCCCCCAAAAUAAAGACACCCUGUUGAUGUACAGCCCCAAAAAAUAAAGACACCCUGUUGGUGUACAGCCCCAAAAAAUAAAGACACCCUGUUGAUGUACAGCCCCAAAAAAUAAAGACACCCUGUUGGUGUACAGCCCCAAAAAAUAAAGACACCCCAUUGUUGUACAGCCCC